AUGGUUGCCUCUAUCCUUCAGAGCGCACUCUGGCUGGGCGGCUUCGUCUCGACCGUCAUGUCGCAUGGCAUGGUCACCAAGUGGACUGCAGACGGGAAAUCUCAGCAAGGAUUCAUCCUUGACUACUACUAUGCCAAAGUAAACGGACAGCCAGUGCCGGACAUUGCUUCAUGGUACACCGAGAACCUGGACAGCGGCUUCGUUGCUCCAGAUGCCUAUCAGAGCUCGGAUAUCAACUGCCACAAGAACGCCAGCCCCGGCACCCUCUACGCCACUGUUGCUGCUGGUGGCACGUUGACAUUCACCUGGGCACCGGCUCCGUGGGUUCACCCGUACGGGCCAAUCCUCACCUAUGUAGCCAAGUGCAGCGGAGAGUGCACAUCGGUUGACAAAUCCACCCUGAAAUGGGUUAAGAUUGAAGAAUCUGGAAUCAACUACUCUACCCAGAAAUGGGCAUCCCAGGUCCUGAUUGACAACGGCAGCGUCUGGACCACCAAGGUUCCAGCAUCGCUCGCGCCUGGAAACUAUGUGUUCAGGCACGAGAUCAUUGCUCUUCACGGCGCCGGUUCGCUGAACGGGGCACAGAACUACCCGCAGUGUUUCAACGUCAAGGUCACUGGCUCGGGAACAAAGAACCCAAGCGGCGUCGCCGGCACUGCGCUGUACAAAUCAACGGAUCCCGGGAUUUACCUGAACCCCUACACGACCAUUACCAGCUACGCAAUGCCCGGCCCAACCCUGUGGACUGGCUGA